AUGGCAGCUGCUUAUGCAACUCUAGUUUCUGCUAUGAAUAUCAUAAACAACCUUCUCCAUCAUCCUCGCCCUCCUAUUUCUCUCCACACUAAACAAGUUGAGUCUCUCACUCAAAAGAUUAAUUUCCUGCUCGAAUUUCUCGAGUGGUAUAACCCCAAUCGUGGCUACUCCAAAGAAGCGGAUCCAUUGGAGUCUCGCAUUGCAGAUGCAGCUUAUGCGGCCGAAUUCGCCAUUGAAUCUCAUAUUUUCGAUGAGCUGAAAGAUGAUGGAGAAAACAUUGUUUGUCUAUCAAUAAGAAAAAUAACAAAUAUAAUAAAAAAAUAUAUGGGUUCUGAUGGCUUGUACGAAGCUCUGGAGAAGGUGAUAGAAGACAUGGCUUCUAUCGAAGAGAAGGCCAAGCAAAUUCAAGGGAGAGUUGGACUCCAACAUCAGCUGCCUCCUGAUUCCUCCAGAUCUUCUGAGAUUCCGCAGCAAAGUAUCAUGGUGGGUGCCGAGGAUGUCAAGCUUCAAAUGAUGGAUAAGCUCACUUCUCAUUUCUGCGAUCUACAAAUCAUUCCCAUUGUAGGGAUGGGCGGCUCUGGUAAGACCACUCUUGCUAGAAAUAUUUAUGAGGAACGUCUUAUUAAGAAGCAUUUUUAUAUUUGUGCUUGGGCUACCAUCUCUCAAGAAUAUACCAUUAGAGAAAUUUUUGCAGCUGUUCUUCGCCAGUUAAAUAUAGGAGUUGAUGACAAUUUCAGUGAGCGUGAAUUAGGAGAAAAAUUGUAUCGACAUCUUUAUCAUAGAAGAUACCUAAUUAUAAUGGAUGAUAUGUGGAGCAUUGAUGCAUGGGAUAGAGUUAGAAAUUAUUUUCCAAAUAACAAAAAUGGUAGCAGAAUAGUGGUAACAACACGGCUAUCGGAUUUGGCUUCUAAAUUACCUAACUCUGAUAGCCUUGAGAUGAAACUUUUGGAUGAGGCUGAAAGUUGGGAGCUUCUCUCCAAAACUAUGUUUGGGAAAGAAGGUUGCCCUCUUGAAUUGGAGGAAAUCGGAAAAAACAUUGGAAAAAGCUGCAAAGGACUUCCAUUGUCAAUUGUAGUGGUGGGAGGUCUUUUGGCCAAGUCCAAACAUGAAAAAGAGUGUUGGGAAGAGAUAGGGAAAAACUUGAAUGCAAGUGUUAAUUUAGAGGAUGAUGAACAUUGCUUGAAAAUACUAUACAUGAGUUACAAGCAAUUGCCAAUACAUUUGAAACCAUGUUUUCUCUAUAUGGGAGUUUUUCCUGAAGAUGAGGAGAUUAGUUCGUCAGAGCUCAGUAGAUAUUGGAUUGCGGAAGGAUUUGUGAAAGCAGUAAGUGGGAAAAGCUUGGAAGAGAUAGCUAAAGGGUAUUUAAAAGACCUUAUUGGUAGAAAUCUUAUUUUAAAGAGUACUGGAACUAGAGGAAGGAAGUGGGGAAAGAAGUGCUGCCAAAUUCAUGACUUGUUGAGAGACUUGUGCUUGAGAGAAGCUAAAAAAGAAAGGUUUUAUAAUACGACAUCAGAUAAUGUAGGCAUGAGCCUCUUGCCGCCUAUGUCACAAGUUCGUUCUUUGACGUGGAAUAUUCGACGAGAACAACCACCUCUCAUUCUCAAUAUGAGCUUGUUGAGGGUUGUGAGAUUCGAAUGGGUGGUCCGAAAAGAUUUAUUUGGAGACAUGAAUCAAUUAGUUAACUCACGGUUCAUUCAAUUUAAAAUAAUCGAAAGGAGGAACUUUCCUUGUUCAAUUUGGCGAUUUUGGAAUCUACAAACACUAAUUGUUCGCAAUGACCUUCAUGUUAUUACUGCGCCAAUUGAUUUUUGGUACAUGCCUGCCAUCAGGCACGUUGAGUUCAAUAGGCUUCGUCUCCCAGAUCCUCCUAACGACCAAGAUGACAUUAUUUUGGGAAAUCUGCAAUGGCUGGGGAAAGUAUUAGAUUUCAAGUGUAGUGAACAAUUCAUCAAAAACAUUCCCAAUAUAAAAGAAUUGGAUUUUGAUAAUAGGGGACAGCGUGAUGAUGAGAAGUAUUGUUUGAGCAAUCUUGAUUGUCUAACUAAACUUGAGUCCUUGGAUUGCACUUUUCCUGGAAAGUGUGUAAUCAACUUUCCCCAUUCGCUCAAGAGAUUGCUUCUUCGUGACGACACGGGCUUUUGGAGGCAAGACACGUUGGAUAAGGUAGGUGUGUUGCCCCAUCUUCAGAAGCUCACACUCCUAUAUGGGAACUUCAACGAAGGGAAGUGGGAAACAAAUGAAUGCCAAUUUCGCAGCCUCAAAUUCUUGAAACUUCACGGUUGUGAUAAUCUAGAAAUCUGGAAAAUUGAAAGCUCCCACUUUCCAUGCCUUGAGCGCCUUCAUCUUACAGACGUAAAGAAGUUGCGGGAAAUCCCUUUAGAUUUCGCAGAAAUAGCCACACUUAGAGAAAUUUUUGUGUGGAGUUGCAGCGAUUCGACAGUGGUUUCUGCAAAAAGAAUAUCAGAAGAACACGAGGACUAUUACGGGGAAGGAGCCCUUCAUGUUCACGUUAACCUCGAGCGAUAUUGCAACGAAGCUGGACUGAAGAGCUUGGAUAGUCCUAACUUUCGUGUUGUAUAUAGUAGAGAUUGUACAUUCGAUGUUUUAGAACUAUUGGAUUAUGCAAAAAAAUGA